GAAAAUUACUAAAAAAUAAUACCUUUAUUUUUCUACUCUUCCCUAUUUUUAUUUAUUUUUCAAUCUAUUUCUGCAACAACAUUUGGUCGCCGGCGACGAGAAGAGAAGAGGCUCAAGUCACUUCACGACCGAGAUCUUCCUUCUUCUUCAAGGCUCUUCAUCAUCAUCUUCUUCUUCGGUACAAAGAUCUAGGGCACUAAUCAUUAGCAGGUGAUCAGAGGAGGAGCUGGGCACAAUCAGAGCCUGGGAUGUGUAGAAAAGCUCAUCGAAAAAGAUGGGGAAUUUGUUCGUGAAGAAACCCAAGAUCACUGACGUAGAUCGAGCUAUUCUUUCUCUGAAGACCCAAAGACGCAAGCUUGCUCAAUAUCAACAACAGCUUGAUGCUAUCAUUGAAGCUGAAAAACAAGCAGCAAGAGAUUUGAUUCGUGAAAACAAAAAGGAUAGAGCUUUGUUAGCUUUGAAAAAGAAGAAGGCACAAGAAGAAUUAUUGAAGAAAGUUGAUGUCUGGGUCAUUAAUGUUGAGCAACAGUUGGCAGAUAUUGAAUUGACUAGCAAGCAGAAUGCUGUGUUUGAGAGUUUGAAGUCUGGUAGUGAGGCAAUGAAAGCUCUACAGAAUGAAGUCAACCUUGAUGAUGUUCAAAAACUAAUGGAUGAUACUGCUGAAGCCAAAGCUUAUCAAGAUGAGCUUAAUGCUAUUUUGGGAGAGCAGUUAUCAGCAGAAGACGAAGAAGAGAUCUUAGCAGAAUUUGAGAGCUUAGAAACUGAGAUGAAUGUUGAAGAUCUGCCUAACGUACCGAAAUCAGAGUCAGACAAACUGGACCUUCCUGAUGUACCAACAAAACCAGUAACUACAGCCAAUACUACUGAUGAAAUUACUCCACCUGAACCUUCCUCAAAGAUUAAAGGUCUCUCUCUCUCUCUCUUUCUCUCACUCUUUUACACUUUCAUUCACAGUAACAUUUCAUCACUAUUGAUUUCAUUAUGGAUUUCUUAAAAAAUUGGAACAGUUCUGGAGGAGCCGUUGCCAGCAUGAGCAGAAAUUGGAAAGUUCUUAUGGGCUGUUUUCGGUGGCACGCAACAAUUGAUUGAUUUGGUGAACACUUCUUUUACAUUUCGGCUUUUCUAAACACAUCUUGGCUAAAACAAAUGUAAUCAUCACGGUUACAUAUUUAAUGUAAUCAUAUUGAAAAUUCUUCCAUAUAUAUAAAUACAUACUGUUUUCGAAAACAUCUUUGGUGAUCUUUGUACAAAAACAAAUUUGGUAACUAAUGAAGUCUCUCUUUACGUUUUCCUUUUAAA